UAUGUGAUCAAAUGAAAUGGGCAGCUAAAAUUUCAAGAUUACUUUUGACAAACUUGCAGUCUGGCAACCUUUUACACUUGUCGUUGUUGGCUUGCGCUUCUUUAUGUCAAAAGUGAAACACAAAACUUGCGAAAAUUUCGUUCAGCUACAGUAAAAAUUUUGAAGUGAUUAAAUAAAUUUAACCAGAAACAAUAUAUUUCUUUUAUUUUAUAUUCUGAAUGUUAAUUAACACCGUCAAAAAUGAGUUUCAUGCCAAACCGACAAUUGAUUUUAGAUCGAAUUUGUCGCGUCUGUUUACAAUACAAGACGGAUCUAUUUUUUAUUUUUGAUGAACAGUUUUCAGUUGAUGGUGUCAAAAUGCCGCAAUUGCUCACACAAUGCACCAAUUAUAGUGUAAACGCUUUCGAUAGUUUUCCACAUCAUAUAUGUGGUAAGUGCGUGGAUAAGGCAAUAUUUGUAUACAAAUUUCAACAGCAAGCAGAAAAAUCUCAUCAAACUCUAACAAUGAUGUUUACGUCAGUUGGUGUCAAUCCAAAUGUAAGAGGUCGAUCUUCUAUGGAGAUUUCUACUCAAACUGAUAACAUAUCAAUAUAUCCUUGCAAUAUGUGUGGAGAAAAAUUUUCUGAUUCAUCAGAUUUAAUAGAACAUCAUUUAUUAAGACAUCCCUGCAAGCAAGAUGAUUGUAACGUGUGUGGUGACAAAUUUACACGCCUUUGUCAAUUGCGAAAUGAUAUAAUGCAAAUCCAGCCUAAGGACAAUUCAUGCCCCUUGCGUCAAACGCAAAGUACUCAUAAUCAGACAUGCGAAAGCCCAACAAUAUCACUGUUGAGCCCGAAAGCUGAUGAAAGAAAUAACGCGAAUUUCAAAAACUCCUUAGCGACAAUUCAGACAGACUUUGAAGAGUAUGAGACUAAAGUGGAAAAAACCACUAUGUUUGAGUAUGAUGAAAUUUCAAUAGAUGAUAAUUAUGAUAACACUGGUGUUGAAAAUAUUUCAACUGUAGAGUCUAUGGAUGUUACAAAAGUUACAUCAAAUGAAAACAACUCUGGUCCAAAUGCUGAACUGUCCCCACGCCUUUUAAAUGAAAUACCUCGUGAGGCUUCUCUAAUAACUGAGUUUUCCUACACGGCAUAUAUGACUUCUACAACCAAAAGCCAGUCAGUUUCCUCAAGUGAAAUUUCACCUUUAAAAAAAUGUGCAAAUACAAUGACAGCGACGUCGUUGCAAAUUGGCACGGAUUUAAAACAAAAACAUUUUUCUUGUCAUUUAUGCAAACGGAACUUUUUCACGAUGGAGUUUUUAAAUAAACAUUUAUUUGAAAUACACAAUCAAGAUUUGGAAUGCUCAAAUGAAGUUGCAGAAGCUGAAGAGCUAGAUGGAGAACUGGAGGUGGAAGAUUUUAAACCUGUACUUAAAGAAAUAAAUACAAACACAGACAGCAAUAUUGAAUCAUUAAAUGAAACUGAACCACCUGAUAAUAGUCUUUUAACAAUACAUCAUAACUUUGAACCACCUGAUGUUGCUAUGGAAAAUUCAAAUGAAUUGAAACGUCCUAAGAAAGAAAAACUCUUCAAAGCCGAAUUAAAUACAAUUAAUUGUCCUAGAUGCAAUCGUACAUUUGCUCGUAAGUCUAACUUGUGGCAACAUUUGUCAGCUAAAAAAUGUGAGCGAAUAGGGAAUAAAAAGUUUAGUUGCGAUAUAUGUAAACGCAUAUUUGCUCGUAGAGUUAACUUAGUACAACAUUUGUCAUUUAAAAAAUGCAAGGCACCAAAUAAUGAAGAAAUAUUUUCUUGUAAAAACUGCAAACGUACAUUUUCUCGUAGACUUAAUUUAUUGCAACACUUGUCGUCUAAAAUAUGCAAGAAAUCUGGUAAUGGUGCAACAUUUCGUUGCAAUAGUUGCAAUAGAAUAUUUUCUCGUAGGGUUAACUUAAAUCAACAUGUUGCAUCUAAGAAGUGUAAGAACUCAAAUAAAGCAGAAACACAUCAGUGUCGGAAUUGUAGUACCGUAUUUUGUCGUGAAUUGAACUUACGUCAGCACAUAGCAUCUCGGGUGUGUGAAACAGUUAGCUGGCCGUGUUCCACAUGUGGAAAAGUUCUUUCGAGUAAACCACAUCUUAAAAGACAUAUGAAAAUACACGACCGUGCAACACCAUGCAAAUGCCAAUACUGCGACAAAAGUUUUAGUAAUGAAUUGGAAUUAAAAAUACAUGAAAGACAUCAUUCAAAACUAAAAGAAAUUGUGUGCAAGAUUUGUGGAAAAAAUUUUCAUCAAUCAAAGUUUUUGAAAAUACAUAUGCAGACCCACCACACUAUCGAUCGUCCUUUCAAAUGUCAAAAAUGCUUGAAGACUUACACUAAUAUUACUAACUUAAAUAGACAUGCACUGGAAUCACAUGGCGUUGUAAAAAAAUGAUCAAUGUGAUGCUGUUUAUUUCCAAAUACAGAAAUUAUGUGAACAUAUUGCAGCUUCAUAGGUUCAUAAAUCAAGACUUAAACGAAAACCCUUACCUACCAAUAGUCUCACCUAUACUAAAUUAAAUAUAUUAGAAAAGAAAACAUCGAAAAUUAAAUUGUAUUUAUAGCCUUUUAAAGGUGAGAUUGUUAGAACUGCAUUCAAGUUAAGUUUUAUAAUCAUUAUCGUUCCAUGCCUCAUUUCCUUUGUUAAAUCUUUUUAGUUUCACAUUUUUUAGUUAGAUAUUUUUAAUAGUAACCAUAGUGACCAUUGACUUCUUGUUUGGACUUAAAAACAAAAGUAUUAAAUAAAUUUAUUCACUGCUUGAUUGGCUACUUAAUUGCUUAUCCUUAACAUAAUAGCAAAUUUAUAAAGGUGGUA